UCUGGCUUCGCCAGACGUUAAUGGCGGAUAGAGGAGCUCUUCUGUUACCGCGAGCUUCUAUCUUUCUUAGUUUCUCAAACCUCCAUGUCUGGCGAUUCCAAAACCCUAGAUCUUAUCCUCCCUCUCGUUCUCAUCUCCUCUGUUUCUCUUCCUCACGCUCUAGAGUAGCUUCGGCGGAGAUAAUUCAGCUGAAUCGCCGGAGAUUCAGCUAUAUAAUAUGCGCCGCCGCGGAUGACGGUAGGGGAUACCGUUUGACGGAAAGGAGUAAAAGGGGGAGGAAACGGCGGGAGCUUUGGGAAGAACUCUUUGAAGAUAAUGUUGAAGACGACGAUGACGAAGUUGGUGGUGGUGGUAGUGGUGGUAAUUUUGACCUGUGGAAGAUUUUAGGGGAAAUUGUUGAUAAUGUCUGGAUUUUAAAGGCAUUCAGAUCGUAUGGAUAUCUCCUGCCGUUCAUCAUCUUAUCGCUUUUCUUCAGCACCGGACCCAAAGCCUUCCUCGUGUCACUAUCCGUAGCCAUCGUGCCAUCAUUGUUGUUUUACGCAUUCCAGAAGUUGAUUGGUUGGGAUAAACGCAGAAAAACAUCGAUUGCAAAUCAAUUCGGGAUAGAGGAAGAAGAAGAAGUUGAGGAGAGAAAAAGUAGCAGGAUUCGAUACAACCCAUCAACCGUUAGAAACAAUGUCAAUGGCCGCGGAGUUAACCGUAGUUCAGCUGGAAUAGCUUCUAAGUUUGGUGGGUGGGACGAGUUAGACGUGCUCGGUACCAUUCCCGAACAGCGAACAAGCGAACCGAAGAAGAAACCACCUUCUUGUUCGAUUUCCAUGGCGAAUUUAACGACGAACGCUAAAUCUCGUCUCAGAGGCGUUGUAUUCGAUAUGGACGGAACCCUAACUGUACCGGUCAUCGAUUUCGCCGCAAUGUAUAGAGCUGUUCUUGGUGAAGAUGCUUACAAGCGAAUCAAAGCAGAGAGUCCUAGUGGGAUUGAUAUUCUGCACCAUAUCGAGUCGUGGAGUCCUGAGAAACAGCAGAAAGCGUAUGAAAUCAUUGCCGAUUAUGAGAAGCAGGGAAUAGAUAAGCUUCAAAUCAUGCCUGGUGCUGCUGAACUAUGUGGCUUUCUUGAUUCCAAGAAGAUAAAGAGAGGGCUAAUUACACGCAAUGUUCAGAAGGCAAUCGACAUCUUCCACCAACGUUUUGAGGUUAUCUUUUCACCAGCACUAGGUAGAGAGUUUCGUCCAUAUAAACCAAACCCAGACCCGCUGUUGCAUAUAUGUUCUACAUGGGACAUCCAACCUAAUGAAGUUAUGAUGGUUGGUGACAGCUUAAAAGAUGAUAUAGCAUGUGGGAAACGAGCUGGAGCCUUCACUUGCUUGCUAGAUGAAACCGGAAGGUAUGGACCAGACGAUUUUUCUGUUUCUGGUCUGCAACCUGAUUUUAAGGUUGAUUCCUUGUCCAAAAUUCAGAACCUAUUGGAGACGAAUUUCGACCUGAACCCAUAGUUUUUCCAAGUUCCUCAUCAUCUAGUUUCAGUGACCAAAAAUAGUUUCCUACUGAACACAGUAUCUGUUCAGGAUAGCCAUAAAUGUCAAACCACAUA